UUCUUGAAAUUGUAACACCGUCUACACCAUAUGCCGAUAGUUUUGGCAUUUUAGCAUACUUUUUCCUGCCGAUCCUUUUUCUUUCUCAUCAACCCACAACCCAAAAUCAAGAAUUUAUAACACCAAACAAAUCUUUAUUACAAAAUCUAUUCAUUUCAUCAAAGUGUUCUUGAAAAAACCCAAAAAGGGUAUCUUUCAACUCUUUGUGGAUCAUUAACUGAGACCCAGAUCAGUUUUUGGAUUAUUAACUGUAAUCUGAGAUCUUUUAUUGAUAUUUCACAAAACCCAGAUGGGGAAACUGUAGAUUUGAGGAUAAAAUGGUAUAAAGAUUGUUGAUUUUGUUGAGAUAUGAUGAAAUGGAGUGAAAAGGUGGGGUUUUGAUGUCUUGAUUUUGGGUUUUGAGUGUGUUUUUGAGUGGAAGAAGUCAACAAUGUGGUGAUGGUUAGAGAUUUGAAUCUGGGUUUUUGUUUGAUUUGAAUCUUGAGGUUGAUUGAUUCAUGGGUACUUGUUUUAGUUCUGAGUUUGAUGAACAACAUUCUUUUCAGACCAAGCCAGGUGAAAUCCAACCGAGUUCAACUAAAAAUGCAUUAAAGACUCCACCAAAACAGACUAUAUUGGAUUCACCUAACAUAAGAAGUCCGAGCAGUUUGGUGGUGAUCACGAAAGACGUUAAAGAUCUUAGGCAAAGUCCUGGAUAUAGCAAUCUUGAUAUAUUUACGUAUGACGAGAUGCGGAUGGCCACCAAGUUAUUUCGGCCGGAUCAAGUUUUAGGUGAGGGUGGAUUUGGCGUUGUUUAUAAAGGCGUUAUAGAUGAGAAUGUGAGAGCCGGUUAUGCGAAAACGGAAGUUGCUGUUAAGGAGCUUGAUCCCGAAGGAAUUCAAGGUGAUCGGGAAUGGCUGGCUGAAGUCAAUUAUUUAGGACAACUGCAGCACCCGAAUCUUGUGAAGCUUAUUGGAUACUGCUGUGAGGAAGAUCACCGCCUUUUGGUAUAUGAAUAUAUGGCUUCCGGGAGCCUAGAGAAACACCUAUUUCGCAGAGUAUGUGCUACGUUGACUUGGUCAAGAAGAAUGAAGAUUGCUUUGGAUGCUGCAAAAGGGCUUGCUUUUCUCCAUGAUGCCGAACGGCCGAUUAUUUAUCGGGAUUUUAAGACAUCAAAUAUUUUGUUGGACGCGGACUUUAAUGCAAAGCUGUCUGAUUUUGGGCUUGCGAAGGAUGGGCCUAUGGGAGAUCAAACUCAUGUAUCAACACGAGUUAUGGGUACAUAUGGAUAUGCAGCGCCUGAGUAUGUCAUGUCUGGACACUUGACAGCCAGAAGCGAUAUAUACGGGUUCGGUGUGGUGCUUCUCGAGAUGUUAAUCGGUCGUCGAGCCAUGGACAAAAGCCGGCCUAGCCGUGAGCACAACUUGGUCGAGUGGGCUAGACCACUUCUGGUCCACAACAAGAAACUUGUCAGAAUACUUGACCCGAGAAUGGAAGGUCAAUAUUCAUCCAAAACCGCCAUCAAAGUUGCCGGUCUAGCUUACCAAUGUCUCAGUCAAAACCCUAAAGGUAGGCCCGUUAUGAGCCAGGUCGUUGAGACACUUGAAUCGGUUCAGACCCGUGACCUUCUUCAAGAAGAAGUGCUUUUUCAAAGUGGGUCCCGGAGUGUGACGUUGUUUGAAGCUGCGGAUAGUAAAAAAAUGGAUACUCAGGUGAAAGGUGGUGGUGAAAAUGAGGCUUGAAAGGAGAUUAAGAUGUAAGUUUUUAGAAAAAAAAAAAAAAAAAAAAAAAACCACGAAAGAAACACGUUUUGAUUCGAGUUUGUUGUACAAGAUCUAAUUGAUAGCGUUUUGGGUUAUUUGUUAGAAAAAUGAGAUUUUUCAUAUCGAAUUCGGUUAAUCAUUUCUGCUUAUGA